AUGAUGUCUUUACUUGUUCAACUUGUUCCAGUUUUGGCUUUCUACCUCAGUCUUCACUUAUCAUGCACCGCUGGUCCGUCGUUUACGAAGGAACCUCAAUCCCCAUUAUUGGCAAGUUUGGGCUCUAACGUCACUUUUCGCUGGGAUUUUACCUAUGGUAAAGUGGGUUACUUGAAGAUGGUGGUCAUUUGGGGAAAGGUAGAUAGAUACGGUAACUUUGAGGACAAAUUCAUAACAGUUACACCGCCAAGAACUUGGGCGGCGAACACACAAGUUCCCUCAUCCAUUACCUCCAGGCUUCAUUGGAGUGGAAAUUUCAAUCAAAACGGAAGUGUACAACUGUUUACUUUACGAAAUGUGGGCAAAUCAGACGAAAUUGAUUAUGCUUGCAAGGUGAUUAUGGAUGGUACUACUAAGACGAGUGCCUUAGUGAAACUCCUCAUUCGGGUUCCACCAAAAAUAAUUACAAAACCAAACGCGACAGUCGAUGUGGAAGAUGGGGAGAGGGUCAACUUGGAGUGUGACGCAACAGGUGAUCCACCUCUCUCCAUCACAUGGAAAAACAAUGGUAAAGUAUUAAAGCGUGGAAAUACAAGUACAGUUUUACAGAUUCCUAAUGUUCAACUUAAAGAUGCUGGCACCUACACCUGCAAUGCAACAAACCAAGUUGGAUCUGAUUUUCAUCGAGUUAAAAUGCGAGUUAUACGAUAUAGACCUCACAUCAACAAAACAGCUUCAACAAGUCCUUCUAUAAAAUCAUGGCUCAAUCACAAUACAACCCUACAUUGUGCAUUUUAUGCCAAUCCUGCGGCGAAAUUUGCGUGGAUUAAAAAUGGCCGACAGAUCUUAAACGGAGUACAUUCGACGCAUGAUGGUAGCACGCUGACGCUGAUACCGAAAACUGUGGGCGACUUCGGUUUGUACACGUGUAAUGCAUCAAACAGCAAAGGACCUGCGUGGUAUAACAUCACAGUGGAACAACUUUAUCCACCUGGCCCUCCUGUGGUACAUAACAUUUCGCGGAACGUGUUGGAAUUCAACGUCACGUGGAACAAAUCGAUUGAAAAUGGAGGCAGUGUCAUACUGGACUUUAUGAUAACAUUACUGCAUGCAAAUGGAAGUAUGGUGAGGCGACAGAACGCAAUUAAAGAAACCUCAUUCCACCUCAAACAUCUGAGGCAAAACAGAACAUACAUAGUCAUAUUACAAGCAAGAAACAUCGUUGGUUAUGGAGAGUCAAAAAAUAUCACAGUUACAACGCUUGAAGCAGACGUACCUGGUCCACCAGUCAUAAAAGCUGCCAGGCCAGGAGUGCUCUCUUUGAACAUAUCUUGGUACUCCCCAAAUGAAGACAACAACAUCGAGGUAUUGGACUACAGAAUAAAAGUCCUGGAUGGCAUCACCAAAAAGUCAAUAAAGCAAUAUGCAAGUAUUCCAACAACGUCAUUAAUUAUUAAGAAUCUGAAGAAAAACAGUUCAUACGUGGUUGAGAUUCAGGGGAGGAAUGAGGUCGGUUACGGAAAGACAGCUAAAAUCAGUGGGACCACUCUUCCACAAGGACCUCCUGAUUCACCUUCAAUAUCAAACCUUACCGUUCAUGGAAAUAACUGCUCAUUGCAAUGGACGGAGCCAUACAAUGGAAAAAGCCCGAUCACGAUGUAUACUAUACAUGUCUGGAAAAUCAUAGUUUAUUUGAAUGGUUCACUUUUCUGGAAAAAAAUCAAAACAUGGAAUACCACAAAGACACUUUCUCUCAUGCUCAACCUUGAAUGGAAUCAAAAUUAUACAGUUGCAGUUUCAGCGUGGAACAAAUACGGUAAAGGCUCCUCAUCGAUAAAAGAACGUUGUGAGAUUGGACGAGAUCCUCAAGUAACACGCUCAACUACUGUAACGAGGACUACUAAUGCUCCUACUGCCAUUCACACACAAGAUGCAGAAGCAACAUCCCAUGAGGGUACAAGAGGGGCUUCAACCAUGGCUUCUACAACUGAGUCAGAAGAAACUAUGGAAACCAGUAACACUGCGGUUGAAGGCAGUCCAAUCAAGUUUGAUCACCUCCUUCUGAUAUGGAUUGCAAUAUUGGCACUGAUAGUAGCAUGCCUUGUAUUCCUGCUUUGGAAAGCCACACAAAAGAUAAGAAAAUGCAGAUAUCAAAGAAAAACAGACCAUCUCACGGAGAGGGAAUUGGGCAAUGCCUCUUCAAUAUCUACAGCGGAAGAACCGAAAGAACUGACGGUUCAAAACCAGUAUGAGAGCAUAGAAAUUUUGGAGGUACAUUAUAACGGUGGAUAUUCCUCAGAAGAGUCGAAAAACGUUGAAGAGAGUGCACCCGUGACUCAUCACUAUCAUGUCCCAGGAGGUCCUUCAGAAUAUAACCAUUUGCACGAAACAUCUGGUUCUCCUCGAUCGAAAAAAUCCAAAAAUGGAAGAAACAAACAGAGACAAGAAAUUGGGGAAUAUUCGCAUCUUUCUCGAGGUGAAUCACCAGUCAAAGAGCGUAACCGGCCACAUUUACCUAAUGUAACAUUUCUUGUUUCUCCGCGGCGUCACUGGGAAAUCUCAAGGGACAGAAUAAGGAUUGAAUCUACCAUCGGUCGUGGAGAGUUUGGACUUGUUAAGAUGGGUCAUGCUCUGGAUGUUACCAAUGACGGAGGAUGGAGCGUCGUCGCAAUAAAAACAUUGAAAGACAAUGCAAGUGAAUCACAUCUCAAAGACUUGCUAUCUGAACUCAAGGUCAUGAGAGAACUCUCGCCACAUAAACACGUGGUACAACUUCUCGCUUGCAUUACAAAAUCAGAGCCUCUGUGUGUGAUCACAGAAUUUGCACCUUAUGGAGACCUACUGGGCUUCUUGAGGAAGAAACGAGGCUUCAAAGACGAUUACUACAAUAUACAACAGCUUCCUAACGUACGACUUACCUCACGACAGCUUAUGACGUUUGCGUGGCAGAUUGCUGAUGGAAUGGCGCAUCUUAGCGCAGCGAAGAUUAUUCAUCGUGACCUGGCAGCUAGGAAUGUCCUUUUGGGAGAGAAUUUGACGUGUAAAGUUACAGACUUUGGGAUGGCGCGAAACAUCCAUGAAAGGGGCAUGUACCAAAAAAGCUCUGAGGGACGCCUACCAGUGAAAUGGACAGCUUUGGAGGCGUUAGAACAUGGACAAUAUACAACAAAAAGCGACGUAUGGAGCUUUGGGGUGCUUCUCUUUGAAAUAGUCACUAUUGGUGGCCGCCCAUAUCCCGGCAUGGACGUGACAGAGCUGGUGGAGAAAUUACGAAGAGGUUACAGAAUGGAAAAGCCGCAGCAUUUAGACGAAAAAGUAUAUGACCUAAUGCUUUCUUGUUGGAAUGAAGAUCCCGAAAAACGAUUGACGUUUUCACAACUUUACAGGGCUCUAAAGCAACUGGAUGGGGAGAUUGAGGACUGCAUCAACCUGACGACAUACAAUGGAAGAGUGUACGAGAACGUUUAAUGCCGCUGAGAUAGAAACUCCUGUUUGAAAUGCAGUCAAUGGUGCUGCCUUGUUAAAUAUUGACAGAACACGAACUCCCCUCUAGAAAAUAAGAAAACCGAGAACAUUACAGUAAAAAAUGUAGUUCAUUGUACCACUGAGGAGAUGAAGAAAAUUAUCCAUGGGAAGGACAUUAAAACAAAAUCAGUACUUUGUAGGCAAAAGUGUUUAUCUUUUCUGGCAUUUAUAAUUUUUUUCUUGACUGAUAACGAGUCUUGACUUGAGUUCAACUGUAGUAUGCAACCUCAAAAGUGUUUGUUAUAAGAGCAACUUUUAAUUGAGUGUCGAUAAAAAUCUGGGACUGCACAUGUCUUGCCUCAGUACCAUCCACGAUUGUUGUAGGAAACUUUCACCUCCUUCGUAGCCAAUCAGUUGCUUAGCUGAAAGGAAUCACGAACUGCCGCUCCCCGUUUCACUGCGCUUGGGGUGACCGGAGCUAUUUGGGCAGCUUCGCGUAGUAUUUAUCUUUGAUUUGAUUUAUCAUCUCGAUCUCGUUAUUUUUGUUUUUACGACACUCAAUCGGAAACAGCUCUGAAUCAGGCGUUUGAUUCGAUCUGUCUACGAGACAUCUAAUUUAUAUUAUUUCAAUUUCCAAGAAAUUUGUACUCGUCUGUAAAAAAUUAAAUUAAUUUUGUAAACUUGUUUAAGCUUCGAUAGCUUUAAGUGACCUAUAUUUAACACCCUAAGAGUUUCAAUGAACUUUCCUAUCAGAUAUCUUAGGAAGAGCUGGCUGAUAAAAUGUCCGUUAGGAAGUAUAGAUUUAUAUUGAUGAUGAAACCUCGACAAGCGCACAAUGAUAGACCAUUUCACAAAAAUGUACGCCCAACUUAUUCAUAUGGCACAAUAACAAACACUUCUCACUGAUAGAAAUUCUACGGCCUACAGGCUUUCUACUGAAAAUUUUCAAGUCAUUGCUAUUCAAAUGAUCGCUCAAAAUGGCAGUUGAUUUCAAGAUUUUUCUCCAUGGCCAAUGAUUAGUAAAAAAUGUCAAAGUUUUUUCAACCUUAAAAUUUCGUUUAAUAAGAAGGAAACAAUAGCGGGCUGAACAGAAAUUUGUGAAAUCACUAGAAAGAAGGAUUCUUAUUUGGGCGCCAAAGUAAAUUUUCGGCCUAGUCUGGUUUAAAUUUUCAUUUACCAUUUUUAGAAACCUUCCCAAGAUAAUUUUCAAAAAUAGAUAACAUGCAUGCUUGUUAAGUUUGUAUGAAGACCCAUUGAUUUUUUUUCCAUCAAAUGCUAUCAGUGAAGGUUUUACUGCGAAUAUGACACACCUAAAAUCACAGCUGUCAACGUUCAAACUUUCCACUUCAAUUGUAGAAAAUACCACUCUAUAAUUUAUUUAUGUUAUUGCACCGUAAGUUUAUAUAGCAUGGAGUUCGUUUUAUUUGUACCUCUUUAUUAUAUUUCAUAUUUUUGGUAUUAACCAUUUUGCAUUCUAUGUUAAUCAUUUUCCUGAAUUAUUUCACUAAUGUAAUUCACUUUAUCAUUUUAUAGAUUUAUAGUUUUCUGCUAUCGCGAAAAAAGGUUUUGCUUAUCUUUAUGUACGAGGUAUAAGCUCGUGAGAGACUUACCUUGUUCGAAAUGAAUCUGGAACCUUAUUGCAUUGUUUGGAAUUUACUUGGAAACUAAUUACAUCGUAGAAAAUACCAGUCUUUAUCAUAUUUAUCUUACUAUACUUAAUUUUUAUACAGCAUGAAGUUCUUUUAUUUGUACCCUGUUUGUUCUAUUUCAUAUCAUCGGUAUUAACCAUUCUGCAUUUUAUAUGAAUCAUUUUAUUGAAUUAUUUCACCGUUGCUGAUGCAAUUUACGCUAUUAAUUUAUAAAUGUAGAUUUUCCGUCAUUUUGAUUGUUUCUAUAUACGAGUUAUGAUGUUACCUUGGGAAAGCUGAACAAACUCGAGUUGUUCGUCAGUUAUGAUGUAAAUAUUGAUAUACGAUUAAUUAUUCAAGAGACUGUCCUGGUGUUUGUUUUUAUGGUUGGUUGUUGUACGCAAAAGAAGACAAUAUUAAUAAAUUUCUAUUAAUUAUCAAAUCCUUCGGGACCGCUUAUCAUGUUUAAAUAAGCAAAAGCUGAUUAUUAACAGCUUUAUUGAUCAUGUGUGUGCUAAGUAUUUUUAUUAUAGGUGACUUGAGUGGAAUUAUACACUGAUAAGAAAUAAAAGGUAUAAAG